AUGUCUUCAAGCGACAGAGAGUACGAAUUGGUCAUCCUUGGAGCCACAGGAUACACAGGGAAACUUACCGCGGAACAUGUUGCCACACAUUUACCCACAGAUCUUCGAUGGGCUUUGGCAGGACGUUCAUCUGCUAAAUUGGAAGCAGUUGCAGCUGAGUGCAAGGCACUGAAUCCGGAUAGAUUACAGCCAGCUAUCGAAGUUUGUAACUUAGAUGACGCCGAGCUCAGUGCAUUGGCCAAAAAGACAAAGGUUAUUUUGGCAACAGUCGGCCCUUAUGCUCUUCAUGGCGAACCUUGCUUCAACGCUUGUGCCGAGAAUGGAACGCAUUAUUUUGAUGUUACUGGAGAAGUACCAUGGGUAGCGAAGAUGAUCAAAAAGUAUGAAAGCACCGCUAAAGCCAGUGGUGCAAUCCUAAUUCCUCAAUGCGGUAUUGAAUCUGCUCUACCGGAUUUAAUCACCCGAUAUGCUGUUGAUGCUGUACGAGAAAAGUUAUCGGCACCCACUGAUGAGGUUAUCGUAUCUUUACAUGAGAUGAAAUCAAAACCUUCCGGAGGAACAUUGGAAACAAUCUUCACAAUUUUGGAAGUAUUCAGUCUCAAGCAACUCAAAGAAUCAAUGACUCCAUAUGCUCUAUCCCCCAUACCAGGACCAAAAGUUCGCCCUUCCACAUCUCUCAUCACCAAACUUACCGGAAUCAAAGUAGUUCCUGAUUUAGGUAUACUUACCACUUCUCUCGCGGGAUCAACCGAUUUAGCCAUCAUUCAUCGAAGUUGGGGAUUGUCCAGCGCGAAGCAGUUCUAUGGUCCUAAUUUCAAAGUUGAGGAAUAUAUGAAAGCACGAAACUAUUUCACUGCUUUCGCAAUACAUUUGGGGCUUAUUCUUGGUGGUAUAUUCCUGGCCAUCCCAUUUUUCAGACACGCUGCUAGGAAAUAUGUUUACCAGCCAGGAGAAGGAGCUACAAAAGAGGAAGCAAAGAAUGAUCGGGUUGAGUUUCGAGUCAUCGCCAAACCAGAUAAUGGUCAACCAAAGCCUUCGAGAAUCUUUUGUCGAGAAUAUUUUGAAGGUCCAAUCUAUGGAUUAACUGGAAUAUUGAUUGCUCAAGGUGCAAUUUCAUUACUUCGAGAUGACCACAAGUUGUCAGGUGGUAUCUAUACUCCAUCUAGUUUGGGUGAAAAGUAUAUCAAUCGCCUUCAACAAUCUGCCAAUGUUAAAUUUGAGAAGAAGGUUUUUGAAAAUUAA